AUGGGAAGAGUACGAACAAAAACUAUCAAAAGAGCCGCAAGGCAGAUUGUGGAAAAGUAUUAUGCGAAAUUAACCCUUGAUUUUCAAAUUAAUAAAAAGAUAACAGAAGAAGUUGCAAUAAUUCCAUCCAAAAGAAUGAAGAAUAAAGUAGCUGGAUUUGUUACUCACUUAAUGAAAAGAAUACAAAAGGGUCCGGUUAGAGGUAUUAGUUUAAAACUACAAGAAGAAGAAAGAGAAAGACGUUUAGAUUUUGUACCAGAAAAAUCUCAAAUUGAUGUAAAUGUAAUAUAUGUUGAACCAGAUACAGUACGUAUGAUCAAGUCAUUGGGUAUUAAUAUUAGUAACAUGAAAGUUCACAACCCUAUGAUUAACGCGAGUCAGCAGAAACAGAACAGAAUGAACAAUCAAUUUUAG